GUGGGAGGACGAGCAGGACUUGGCGAGGCAGGCCGUGAACAACCUGCAGGAGCUUGGGCCGACCUUCGUGAAACUCGGGCAGGUUCUCUCCAUCCGGCCGGAUGUGCUGCCCGAGAAGACCAUGAAGGAGCUGGCGCGCUUGCAGGACAACAUCGAGACCUUCUCGAACGAGGAGGCAAAGGCCGUCAUUGAGGAGGAGCUUGGGCAGUCGGUUGAGGAGCUCUUCAGCUCCUUCAGCGCA